AUGUGUGCUGAGGAAGCACCGGAGAUGAUGUGUACCGUGGUGUGCGCGGACCAAGCACAGUGGUGGUGUCCGAAGUAUUGUGAAAAGGUGUGUGGUGGGAGGUUGAGGAGCUUGGCGGCGGAGCACCAGAACGCCAUUUGCCACUACGAGGCGGAGGUGGACCAGUGGUGACGCCGUCGUCCCUGUGUCGCCACCACACCCACGCCUCCUUCACACUGGUAUCUUGACAAGGACUUCACAAUUACAUCAUGCAUAUUAGAUGAGAUAUGCAGCAGUGGCAGCAAUUCAUUGUACGUGGGACUGAGGAAAGGUGUCAUUGAAGAGCAUGUGUAGUUGAAGGUGUCUCAAGGCAUUGACAACUUCAUUAGAUGGUGCAUCAGAAGAUUUCAAAGGUGAGAGAUCACAAGAGCAAUGGCCGCAGUUUGAAAAAAAACAAUAACUACUAAUGGCGUCAUCCUGGAAAGGGGAGGAAGAACUAUCUCAAUUUGGGAAAAUGAGAUACAAAGAGGAGAUACUAGGUGAUACACAAGAUGAAUUGCCAUUUAAGGAGUUGACUGACACAUAAUAAAUAUUUAAACUAUAUGAGUUCCUUAUUUCUAGCAUGAUUAUUUAAUUUUUAUUAUAAUUUACUAAAAUGAGCAAAGUUACAUGACAUGCCCAGAAAUUUGCUAAGGAAAAGUCAUCAACAUGUCUUUGCCUCAGCAAGUCACUGUUCCAUCAAUGUCUGUGGCUGUAACAGUGUCAGUGGCUGUACCUGGUGUUCAUGUGUCAGUUCCAACCCUAAAUAUUGCGGCAAAAGAUGAUCAGAUGAAUGUGUUCUUCUGGAAUAAAUCACAGGAGAAUCAGGAAGCAAAACCCCAAGUCUCAGAAGGUAAAUAUGAAUGCAAUGUCUGUGGCAAGUCUUAUACACAACGUAGUAGCUUUGAAUACCACAAGAAAACUCAUACUGGCGAGAAACCUUAUCACUGCAGCAGUUGCAGUAAAGCAUUUCUUAACAAAAGUAGCUUAGUUGUUCACAAUCGUAUUCACACUGGAGAAAGACCUUUUAGAUGUGACGAUUGUGGUCGAGGAUUCACUCAACGUAGUAUGCUGACAGUUCAUCGCCGUAUUCACACAGGUGAGAGACCUUAUGUGUGUUCAGAAUGUGGUAAAGCAUUUUAUCAGAGUGACCAUCUUACCAAACAUAAACGUAUACAUACUGGAGAAAAACCAUACAGUUGUGGAGAGUGUGGCAUGGCUUUCUCAGACAGCAGUGGAUUGAGACAACAUGUAAAAAGACAUACAGAAAUGGGGCCUUGGCGGUGUGAACUUUGUGAAUUGGUGUAUGAAAAGCGUACUCCUUUUGACCUUCAUAUGAUGCAACACCGUGGUGAAAAGCCUUUGGAAUGUGAUGUUUGUGGUAAGCUUUUCCAAUAUCGUUCUACACUUGAUCUUCAUCGGAAAACACAUUUUAAAGAAAAAGUUUUCAAAUGUGAUGCUUGUGGAGAGGAAUUUACUGGUAAAGUUCUCUUGCGAAAGCAUUUAAAGCAUGUACACACAGAGAGAUACUUUGCAAAGCGUUUUGGAAGCUGGAUGGGUGAGAGUAAAACAGCUAAGUCACAUGGAGAUUCUAAGCCUCUGCGGUGUGACCAAUGUGGUUUGUUGUUCAAAGACAAUAGCAAAUUUCUUCUACACCAGAAGAUACAUCGCCCAGAAAAAAAUUUCAGAUGUGAAAUAUGUGGUAUGGCAUUUGCAAAAAGUUAUACACUAGAGGUUCACCAUCAAAUGCAUCCACAUGUUACCCCCAUUGUUAGUAGUGCAAUGCUAGCAGAGGUAUCAUGCCAAGGUGUACCCACAACAAGCACAGGGGUAAUGACUCUAACACCUUUGUACCCUGUAACCCAUCAGUCAUCAGUUGUAGUGCAAGACACAUCACUAGUACAGCCAGCCACAAUGAUUAUGCCAAGUACAAGCAAGUUACCAACAUAUGUAAAACUUCCCAUGCGCCCCAUUGUCGUUAAGGCCAAGCGGAAUAAACAAUGGUGAUCUUUCCAGUGAUUUGUAUCUUUUAUUUGAGCAGUUGUAUACUCAACAUGUCAUGAAUGUAUGACAUGAAUGCUAUGAAUGUCAUGAAUGCUUCUGCAAUAUGUAUAAAUUGUAUUAAUGGUUUGCAAAUCAGAUAUAUAUAUAUAUUAUUAGUCAAGUUUGUUAAUAUGAACCAAAUUUUAAAUGCUCUUCAGAAUAUCAUACUGUGCUGUAUGAUUAGCCUUAUUAUUUGAAAAAAAAGUUUAUAAGGACUAGUGAGGUAACACACUUCUAAUAUACAGUACUACGUUAUGCACAAUGUAGCUCGGUUGAGAGCUAAAUGAAGGUCUUUACCUGCAGUUGAGCUAUUGUAAGCUGGCCCUCCCUCUUACCAUGUUGUAAGUUGGCCCUCACUCCUACCAUGUUGCAAGCUGGCCCCUCCCUCCCUCCCUCCUACUAUGGUGUAAGCUGGCCUUCUCCUACCAUGUUGUAAGCUGGUCUUCUCCUACCACUUUAUAAGCUGGCCCUCCCUCCUACCAUGUUGUAAGUUGGCCCUCCCUCCUACCAUGUUGUAAGCUGGCCCUCCCUCCUACCAUGUUGUAAGCUGGCCCUCCCUCCUACCAUGUUGUAAGUUGGCCCUCCAUCCUACCAUGUUGCAAGCUGGCCCUCCCUCCUACCAUGUUGUAAGUUGGCCCUCCCUCCUAUCAUGUUGUAAGUUGGCCCUCACUCCUUCCAUGUUGCAAGCUGGCCCUCCCUCCUACUAUGUUGUAAGCUGGCCUUCUCCCACCAUGUUGUAAGCUGGCCUUCUCCCACCAUGUUGUAAGCUGGCCUUCUCCUACCAUGUUGUAAGCUGGCCUUCUCCCACCAUGUUGUAAGGUGGCCUUCUCCCACCAUGUUGUAAGCUGACCUUCUCCCAUGUUGUAAGCUGGCCUUCUCCCAUGUUGUAAGCUGGCCUUCCCUGCUGCCCUGCCAUAAGUUGUCCAUAGAGGCAAUGAAGGAUUUGCCAAUCUUAUUCUAAAUGAAAGAAGUGCAGAGUGGAAGAUAAUACACAAAGUUGUGAGAGUCAAUGUGAGAAUUUCUUAGUAUGUUAAAUGAACAACGAAAAAAAAUAAAAGGUUUUAAAAGGUGGCCACAGGUAUUAACAACAGUAUUGCCCCAUAGUUUAUGCCUGCAGUUAAAAUCAAUAUAAAGUAUUACUGGUGCAGAUAGAAGAACAUUAAGGAAUUUAAAAUAAUUUGGGAUUUAUGGUGGGAGAUAAUGUGAACAAUUAGUAAUGUUUUAUUUUUAGUAUUGUAUUGUUCUGCUUAUUUAUUAAUAUUCAAGCUGCAGUGGAAUGAAUAUUGCACAUAAAAGUCAGGGAAAGGAAGAAGGGCAACAUUGGGAUCAAUGAUUGCUUCAGGGAAGUUCAUCAGAGCAGGUCAGGAAUGAGAACAUGAAUCCAGGUCUAGUGUAGCAGCAACCAAGGGACCACAAGUGAGGUUCCUUCAGAUUUAAACGAAGGGGGCAAGAUGUAUAGAAGAGCAAGACUCCUGAAGCUGGUCAGCCAAUAUAUGAAUCAUAGAGAGUGAAGGUGCAAUGGUCAUGACAUAUUGCCAGAGCUCUACCUGUUGCAACACAGAAGCCCUGCCUUGUAAAAAUUCCGAAGCCUCACUAUUACAUGCAUUGCCAUUCAUACUUAUAAAGAAAAAGGAACAAAUGUUUUGUGCUACAUUUUGGUAGAAAAGAAACCUAACAAGCAAUGUAAACUAACCUCAAGCUUAUGGCCAAAUGAGAGGCUUCAAAAGCUGUGUGUCAGCUUUACCUAUAAAAAGAGCAUUCAAGACUCCCAUCCAUGACAAGGCUGUGUUCAGCGGAAAAGUUAAUGUAGUGAAAAAAGUUAGAGUUAUUGCUGUAAAGAAAGUUACUCAUCCAUUCAUUAUCAUUCACUUUAUGUAAUUGUUUACUAGUACCAUAGAUAAACAAGCACUACUAUACUCCAGCAGUCAUCCACAGCAGCAACCCAACACUUCAUAAGAUCAAAUGUGCAGUGCUUCACCUAGAUUCCCGCAGCACAAAUAUAUUCACUCCGUAAAACGGCUUCCAUACAGCCUUGUCUCUUACCGUAUCAUGUGUGAUGUUCUCACUUAAUUCUUAUGUAACACCCACAUUAGAGUUAAUGUGGCAACUACUUAAGUUAUCCUCAAUUAAUCCCACAUUCCAAGAAAUUCUGUUGCAAUCACUUACAGGUGCGCACUUAUCCAACAUGACCCCUCCACAAAUCUAUUUGCUACUAAUGACAUCUGUAAUUACAUUAAUACAUAUUGCCACAGGGUUUCCAGAAAUCACUUAGGGCAGUCAAAAUUAACAAGCAAGCUUCUCAUCAGACCAAGUGAUCAUCAUCCUGCCAAAUAAGGAAGCAAACUGGUUCCAGAACAAGGUUAGGUGGACACAGGUAUAACACAUUCGAAAACACAGCUUAGUCAGUUGAGUUCCAUCUCUCACACCAGACACUACAAGCCUUGCUACAGAGUAGACAGCCAUUCCCGUCUUAAUUUCAGCUCCCUGCUCCCACCUGUGCUUGAGCACUCCAAUCUCUCCCUCUUAGCUCUACACUCCUGGCUUCACUCAAGCUUUCAGCUUACAGUUCCAGGCUUCACACUAGCUCUCUGCUUCUGGCUACCUUCAGCAUUAUGUCCUACCUGUUUCUUCCAGCAGCACAUAACAAGUAUCCUUGUUUCAAUCUUUCAUGACACCAUCCUAUCAUUUUUUAACAUCUAGCUGCUGGAACCAAACUAUAUUAAACAUCAAAAAGCAAAAGGAGAGACAUUUGCAUAUUUUCAAUCUAGGGGAGACUGUCCCUUGGUCCGGAGAUUUUGUGAAAAGUAAUUUCACCGGUAAGCAUAGUUCUUCUGCCAGUUCCUUUAUAACUAUGGAUGAGAUCCCAUCCACAUCUGGGGCUUUUGAGUCUUAGUUUGUCACGGUUCUUCCUCAUUAUGUUGCAUGUUAUGAGUAUAUCUCUACAGUCACUUUCUUCACCCCCACCUUCAAACAUUUGUGUGGGUGAUGAGAUGUCCUCUAACCCUUCUAUUCUGAACACUCAUGUAAAAUAUUAAUUCAGAGUGUUUGCUGCCCUUUUAUCAUCCAUUAUAACAUGGUUAGUCUCACCCUUCAGGUAAGCCUGUUGUCUCGGACCGUCUCUUUUUGGCUGGUUGGGUGCAUUAUUGUUCGAUUGACCUUACCUACUCACCAAAAUAGUUCUUCCAGCUUUAUAUGCCUGGUUGUAUCUAUGAUUCUCCCUUCUUUACUCGUUAUCCACAGUCUGGUGCCUUGAAAUCCGUGGGCCUUGUUUUCAUACUUCGGCCCUUUUUGGAGCUUUUACUGUUACAGUAGUUUCAUUUGUGCUGCAUUCCACUUAGGAGUUUUAUUCAUAUUGUUCCUGCUUCAAUUAGGUUUUACCUACUCUGGGUGCUGAUCAUCCCCCUUUUGGUCUCUCUCUCUUGCCCUUUCCAAUGGUGUCGGGUUUUCAAGGGGUGCCUAUACAACUAUAUAGGGAUUACCAGUAUAGCAUUCCCCAGUACCUGGGCAUACCUGCAGGGAAUGCUCACCCUGCAGACACUGGAAAACCCGUGCAGGUUCAGUGGUACUAUUGAUACCGCAAAGAUUAAUUUCUGGGUGAAAUUAAAACCUGACACCCUUUCCCAGGGUGUUGGGUUGGGACCCCCCCAAAUGAGGUGGGUCACACUAGAUGCUGCUAGUUUCAUGAAUUUUUUAUAGUUUGUUUAUAUUGUUGGGAAAAUUCUUUUGGCUGUUUUGAGGCUGCAGUCUUGUUUCUAACCAAGCAGUGGUCUCUUUUGGUUCUCUAACUUUGUGUGCCUUUUCUUACUGGUAGCAAACAUAAAUGAAUUUACAUUAAAUUUUUCAUGUGUGCCACUGCUCCCUGCAUCUCUGCAGGGGCCCAAGUUCUGGCUCAUGGUCCCCAGAAAGCCAAAUAGCACUCUGCAAAUGAUGGCACCUUGUAGUCUGGCACUGUAUCAGAUAUAGUAACUUCAGGGAGCCACCAGGGCUCACCCAGAAAUUGGCAUUUCAUUCCAUUCAAUGCUGGUUUUCUGGGGGGUGCCCCUUUGGCUCCCCGGAGCUAACCGGGCUAAUAUAAAUGUAUUAGAACUUGGCAUCAGUCAAUGUGUGUGGAGUUCUAGGCCUACUGGGGACCACCAGCCAGAACCUGGCCCCUUCAGAAAGACAUAAGGAGCAAUGGCCUAUAGAAACCCCGUAUGGUUGGAAACAUUCUAUGU